UAGUCACGCUUCUCUAACUUGCUCUUUCGUUCUCUCGCUCUCUGUUCCAGAUUUGGCUCGUCGCGAGUCUCUCUGUCCUGCUGAAACCAGUAUUUUCAGCUCCCUGUAGCUUUAUUCCUUCAAGAAAUAGCGGGUAGUUGAGGUUUUAGUAGUUCUAUUAGCUCUGUUCUUUUCGAACAAGAGCUCAUCAGUGAUGGGUGCUUCUGGGAAGUGGUUCAAAUCCUUAAUAGGCAAUAAAAAGCUCGACAAGGACGACAAUGAAAAGGUCAGUGGGAAGAAAGGGAAAUGGAAACUAUGGAGAAGCUCUUCUGCUGAUCUUGGAUCUUCAUGGAAGGGUUUUAAAGGUGGGCAAAAAGCUGCAUCAGAGACUUCGGAUUCUUCAUCCGUGGCUGAUGUGUAUAGUGCUGCAGUUGCUGCUGUCGUUAGGGCUCCACCAAAGGAUUUCAAGAUUGUGAGGCAAGAAUGGGCUGCACUCCGGAUUCAGACGGCGUUUCGUGGAUUUCUGGCAAGGAGGGCAUUGAGGGCUUUGAAAGGUGUGGUAAGGAUUCAAGCUCUUGUCCGUGGCCGGCAAGUGAGGAAGCAAGCUGCCGUGACAUUGAAAUGCAUGCAAGCACUAGUUCGUGUUCAGGCCAGAGUCAGGGCCCGGCGUGUAAGGAUGUCUAUGGAGGGUCAAGCUGUGCAGGAGCUACUGAAUGAACAUCGUAACAAAGUUGAUCUCUUGAAACAAGCCGAGGAAGGUUGGUGCGAUAGUCAGGGAACACUAGAUGAAGUUAGGUCAAAGCUUCAAAUGAGGCAAGAAGGGGCUAUCAAGAGGGAGAGAGCACUUGUAUAUUCUCUUGCUCAACAGCAAUGGAGAUCUAUCUCGAACGCAAAGACAAAUUCGAAUUCAUAUUUGCCCUCUUUCAAGCAAUUUGAAGUAGAUAAAAACAGCUGGGGAUGGAGCUGGUUAGAACGUUGGAUGGCAGCUAGGCCAUGGGAAAAUAGAUUGAUGGAAAAGGUCCAUGUUGAUCCUUCAGAGACUCCUCCAUCUAAGAAAUGUGAGGAUUAUUUGGUCGGCAGUGGCCGCCCAAAAUUGUUGGAACCCAGUUCAGUUAAAGUUAGGAAGAACAAUGUCACCACCAGGAUUUCCGCAAAGCCUCCUCGUUCAUCGUCAGGGCCAAGUUCUGAAUGUAUGUAUGAUGAGAGCUCGGCAUCGUCUUCUUCAAUCUGCACAUCUAUGACUCCUGUAUCUGGGAAUACCAUGUUGGCAUCUGAUAGAACAGAGGAGAGCAAUAACAGUAAGCCAAACUACAUGAACCUAACAGAAUCUACCAAGGCUAAGCAGAGAAGUUACAAUUAUUCUUCCCAAAGAACGCAGAGGCAGCAGUCCAUGGAUGAUUUUCAGUUUCAUAAGAAAUCAGAUCUACUUUGUAAUCUGGAUAGCAAGAGCAGUGCUGGAUCUCAUCCUCCUUCUGUCAAUUUGUCUAAGUCAGUUAACUUGUCCACACGGUUGGAUAAGAACACCAUGAGAGCAAGGGAAAGGGAGAACAGUUAUUAUGAUUGAAAAGUUAGGGUUUCUUUGUGUUUAUUUCCAGAGUUCAACAUCUUGUUGUCCCUCAUCUUGAAACUCAGCUGUAGCUUUGGAAAAUUUCAGAGAGAGCUCUCUUUUUUAAUGUAUGAAGAUAUUUCAGAGAGAGAUUGUUGUUGUGGAAUCAUACACUACUUUUGUGGGGCAUUGCUUGAAGAAAUGUGGAAGGUUUGGACUGUUCAAGCAAAUCCCUGGGUUUGAGUCUAGAGAGCAGCCACUUUGAGUAAAAAUGUCAAAGGUUGGGACAUUCUCUAUACUCUCACCACCUUGUAGUCCUUGGCUUUUGUGAGUGUGUUCAAGAUUGCUUAUUGGAAGUUCUUGUAUUUGCAUAUAUUGUAAUUCAUGUUCUGGCAGUUUUCAGUUCUUUUCAUAAGAAGGGAUGAUAUUGGAGCAUCUUUUAUCUGAA